CGGAGUACAUUCUACUGCGCGAUGCAUCGGCCGCUUCUUGUACGCCCGGCUGACUACUUCCUGCACGUUUACCGGAGCUUGCCGACGGUCGUUCGUCUGGUAUCGUCAGAGUCCAACGCACAGACCUGGCUUUCAUCUGUAGUUUCUAACCGCUCCCUCAAUCUAUCAAGGUAGUACAUAUGCUUUUGGGACUUGCGACGAUGGAUGUAAGCACAGCCGACGUGGGCCUCCAAGACCCCUCAGCAGAGCUCACUAGGCAGCAUCAGCCUAGCUCAAUCAUCGCAACCUCAGUAAAAAAACACGUCACCUCCUUGUCAGUCCCAUCUUCAAAACUGCAGGGCUAGAAAACACCAUGCGACUUAUUGACGCCACAACACUUGAGCUACGGCUCUUCAUGGACGAGUCUCUGAUACCGCCGUAUGCCAUUCUAUCACACACCUGGGGCGAGGACGAAGUCACCCUCCAGCAGUUUACAGACCAGUCACUGCCAGACGAUGCGAUGUUGAAAAGCAGCCGCGGCUACUGGAAGAUUCUGAAAGCCUGUCAGCAAGCACUGAGCGACCGUCUAUCGCUAGUGUGGGUGGAUACUUGCUGCAUCGACAAGACAUCUUCUGCAGAGCUGAGCGAAGCCAUCAACAGCAUGUUCCGGUGGUAUGAACAAGCGGCGGAGUGUUACGCCUAUCUUGAUGAUAUCAAUAUGGAUUCGGAAGCCUGGGCUGACGGCCUCAUGUCCAAUGACGACAAGGAACAGCUGGCCAGGUCGCGAUGGUUCACUCGAGGAUGGACGUUACAAGAAUUACUAGCUCCAAAGGAGAUACGGUUCUACGGAACACAGUGGAGAUAUAUUGGCAGGAAGAGCUCGUUGUGUGUGGAACUGGGGUGCAUCACUGGUAUCAACGCAAACGUGCUUUCAGGUAAAAGCGACAUGAGAGACGAGAGUAUCGCAAAGCGAAUGAGCUGGAUGGCCGGGCGCAACACGACACGAAUAGAAGACAUGGCAUAUUCCCUGAUGGGCAUCUUCGACAUCAACAUGACGCAAAUGUAUGGUGAAGGGAAAAAGGCCUUUGUUCGUCUUCAGGAAGACAUCAUGAGGUUUUCCGCAGAUCAAAGCCUGUUCGCAUGGGAAGAACCCCUUCCACACUCUCAUGGAAUGCCUACCUCGGUAUUUGCGAGUCACCCAAGACAAUUCGCCGCUUCAAGCGGGAUAAUCAACCGCAGAUUUGACGACGAAUUUAGGCUGCCAGAGGACUAUUUGUGUACAAACCGCGGCGUCAAGAUCAAGCUCCGCAUCCGAAAACCGACUGAUUCCUGGGGUGGAGUAGCACGCAGCGAAGACGAUUACUUGGCCGUGCUCGACUGCUGCUACGAAGACCUGAGACUUGAGAGCUGCUGGCCUGCCAUUACAAUCAGACCACUCAAAGGGCCCAAAGGACUGUACAUUCGUGUUGGAGGCCCAGAAAUCCUCCCUGUCGCUUUUGGCGAUGUCAGCGACACCCAAAAGCAAAUGGGCGUCAUCUCUGUUGGCGAUAUAGAUGACGGAGAAUGGGUUUAUCUUCGGGCAAAGGUUCCUGGCUGGGCAGCUCGCUGAACAUGUGGGAAGUUGCGAAAGGUUGAAGUCGGAUACGAGAAAGCUGUGUUGGAUACAUAGCGGCAAAGAACACGUUUCGAGCAGCACUCCCAGUUUGUCGAUGACGAUACGAUUUGAACUAAGUAAUAAUGAACAAGA